UUCCACGUUUCUUUCUCUUCAGCGUACCAGUAUUUAGGGGUUUCUUUUUCUCUCUGUUUCUUUCUCCACCUAUUACCACCUCUUCCACCCUCAGUUACCAUCACAUUUCAGUUCCAUUCCAUGUUCCAUGAUUUCCACCACCAUCGUUCUCUUUUUUCUCUUACUUUCUGGGGACUUUGCUAUCUGAUGAAAAACCACUCUAGCUUAUUCUACUGUCUACAAAUAUUCUUCUGAAUUCAGUUGUUUCAAAACAAAACAAAACCAAAUAAAGAAGAACAAAAGGGCAUUCCAUUCUCUUCCUGGCCAAGUUGUUUUUCCAAUGAAAAUUAAAACUUUGCUGUCUAUUUGUUAUUGAAUCCUCGUUAGCUUGAUUGUGAUCAGAAUUCUUGGUUAAGGAAGCAAAGAGGUUGGUUUUAGAGUAAGUGGGAAUGGAAAACGUUUCGGUUCUUUGUAAGGAAGAGGUUCCGAUGGAUUUGCCAUGGAAGGCCAAAAUGGGAGAGAAAGAAUGGUACUUUUUCUGUGUGAGAGACAGAAAGUAUCCAACCGGUUUGAGGACGAACAGGGCCACUGAAGCAGGAUACUGGAAGGCCACAGGGAAAGACAAAGAGAUCUUCAGAGGAAAAUCUCCUGUGGGAAUGAAGAAAACUUUGGUUUUCUACAAAGGAAGGGCACCCAAGGGAGAGAAAACUGAUUGGGUCAUGCAUGAAUAUAGACUUGAGGGUAAAUUCUCUGUCCCCAACCUCCCCAAAACUGCAAAGAACGAGUGGGUGAUUUGCAGGGUGUUUCAGAAGAGUUCGGGUGGGAAGAAGACUCAUAUUGAUGGAAUAAUGAUGAUGGACUCUUACGGAAACGAAUUGGGUUCAUCUGCUUUGCCACCUCUUACUGAUUCCUCACCUUCCAUUGGCAACACCAAAGCACUGAGUGUGACUGAACAGGUUUACGUGCCCUGCUUCUCCAAUCCAAUUGAUGUUCCAAGAGGGAUCUUCGAUUCCUUCAGCAACAUCAACGUCAUCAACAACAACAACGCCCUUUAUGGGGUUUCUUCAAACCAUUCAUUCUACUCCACUCAAGGGUUUCAACUUCAGGCUCCACCAACGUUGCCUUCACCCGGUUCUUCAAACCAUUACCUCAGAUCCUUCUUUAACAACCAUGGAAAAGGAUCAUUCUUGAGGAAUGGCUUUGAACCAGAGACGGAAAUGGUCAGUGUCUCACAGGAAACAGGUGUUUCUACUGAAGUGAACGCAGAAACCUCUUCAGUUGUGUCAAAUCUUGAGAUGGGGAAUAGACUCUUUGAGAAUCGAAACAACCCAAUUGGUUCAGCUGCACCAGUGGACCUUGCUAGCUUGUGGAACUACUGAUCUCACAUGAAGAAAACAAAUCCAACAUUUUCAGCAGAAAAAGAAUAUCCGCAUUUAAUAUUUAUUCUUUGGGUUUGAUUGGGAUGUUGUCCUUGCUGCUGCAAUAGAUUUUAACUAAAAGAUGCACUGUACUGUACAAUAGCGAAACAUAUAUUUUGUACUGUAAAAAAUCUUCUGAACUCUGUUUUGGUGGUUCGAUACUCUAGGUUUGUUGUUGUUGUUAUGGUUUGUAUGGUAUGAACAUGAUUACUGUGUAUCAGCUUUUAUUAAAAUUAAUACUAGAAUGAGACAUGGUUUGGUCUCAUUUUUUUAUA